ACAGAUGCCCCUCUGUCGUCAUUUCCUGUGGGUCUGCAGGCAAAGGGAGAAGAUGGCGGCUCUAGGGGAACCUGUGCGGCUGGAGAGGGAUAUUUGUAGAGCAAUUGAAUUGUUGGAAAAACUGCAAAGGAGUGGCGAGGUACCACCACAGAAACUUCAGGCAUUACAAAGAGUUCUGCAAAGUGAGUUCUGCAAUGCCGUAAGAGAGGUAUACGAACACGUCUAUGAGACUGUGGACAUCAGUAGCAGUCCUGAAGUGAGAGCUAAUGCGACUGCAAAGGCUACUGUCGCUGCAUUUGCUGCCAGUGAAGGACAUUCUCAUCCUCGAGUUGUUGAGCUGCCAAAAACAGAAGAGGGCCUUGGAUUCAAUAUUAUGGGAGGCAAAGAACAAAACUCUCCAAUCUAUAUAUCUCGAAUAAUUCCAGGUGGAAUUGCUGAUAGACAUGGGGGCCUCAAACGAGGAGAUCAGCUCCUUUCUGUUAAUGGAGUGAGCGUUGAAGGAGAACAUCAUGAAAAAGCUGUAGAACUGCUGAAAGCAGCUCAAGGGAAGGUUAAACUAGUAGUACGAUAUACACCAAAAGUCUUAGAAGAAAUGGAGUCACGCUUUGAAAAAAUGAGAUCAGCAAAACGCAGGCAACAGACAUAAUGCAGUUUACAACUUUAUAUUCCACUUUGCUUUUAGCUAGAGAAGUUUUGCUUGUGACCUACUGAUGGCCGCAAUGCCAGUGAUUGUAAAAAACAAACAAAAACUUCCAUGAAUUCUCCUUGCCAUUUUAUAAAUGCCUAUUUUAACAUCAUUUAUGGUUCCAGAGAUGCAGAUGCUUUUUUCUGACAAGAAAAAGUAAAAGGGGAUGAGGGCAAUUCUGUCCCGCUGUUUUUACAGGCAUUUUUCAAAUGCAGAUUUUGUCAUAAAGUUGUUAUAGAUUUUUAAAAAUGCUUUUUUAAUAUUAAAAUGUACUUUUAACAUUCUUAAUCUUUUUUUAAAAAAAGCUUUCUUCAUUUGGCUGCUUAUUUAAAAAUAACAGCUCUCCAAUCCUUUUUUUGCUUACUCUGUUUUUUUUUACCUGUAAAAUUUCUUUAUGGUUUUCCAAGAAAUUCGACAUCAAGUCUCAGCUCAGCAGUUCACUACACUGUCAGUGGUAACAUCACCGCUGCGUUUUGUACUUUUGAACACACACACAAUACCGUAAUCAAUGGGAAAUCAUAACUUGGCACAGUGGAAGUUUUUUACUUUUAUUUAAACAUAAUGUAUAAGGAAUAUUCAUUUAUACUGAUUUAUAAAAAGUUUUUAAACACUGAAACAAUCAUUGCUAAAAUAUGUAUUCUUUCAAAAUAUUAGAGCAGUAAGGUAAGGGGAUGUAAUUUGAUUGUUAGCAUCCCUGAUUACAUCCCUUUCUAUUUAUAUUCAGUAAUAUAUCUUAAACUACAAGUGCAUAAACAAGUUCAAAUUUCAUCUUUCGCAAAUUUGUUUAAUGCUAUUCAUUUUUAUUUAAAUAGAGUUCUUUUAUUUUGGUCCUUUUCGUUCCUAGAGAUGAGCCAGUUUUAGUUUUCAUGAGCAAUAGUGGAAGCAAAGAAGAAAAAGCAAUUCUUUUCACCUCAACUAGCUGCAAGAGUUACACAGUUUUACUAGCUCAAUUUAAAUGAUUGAUUUUAAAGAAGAAGGAAAGAUGUAUUUAAGAUGUAUAGAAAUUAUGAGGUGAUACAUUAAGAAUCUGCAGACUCUUUGUCAAAAUGAAUAAGAACUCAUUCAUAUUGAAAUGGUUGGGUUUAGAAAUGCAACCUUUGUUUAGUCAUCAGAAUGAUGGGGAUUUUGAGGGGUUACUUUAUUUCAUUUGUCCACUGGAGGUCACUGUUUCACUGAAAGGCAGCUAUUAGUAUAUGACUGUGACUGAGGUCUUUUUAAAGGCUGAAGUUAAAUGAGGUUCCUUUUUCAUCACAACUUAGAGGAAAAUUUGUAUGGUUUUUAAAAAUUUUAGGUGACAGAUGCUAAAAAGAAGAUAAUGGAUUGAAAUAUAUAAGGAAUUUGGCUUAAUUACCCUGUGUAAAAAGUGGGCAUUUUGUAACAUUCCUUCAGGAAGAAUAGAAAUGUGUACCUUUUCCUGCAUGUUUGUGAGCACUGUUAGUCUUAAAAGAUUAUUCCAGUCUUCAAUGAUUUUCAGAAUAAAAAGUCAGUCAGCAUUGUUAUUUAUCAUUUAGGUAUUGAACACUGGAUUGCAUGGUUGAAUGUGUCUCUAGUCCGCCUCCAAAUGUGCUUGUUAUUGAUAGGAUCGUGUUGUUAAAUUGUAUAUUUUCAAAAUUAGUUGAUGUUUUUAAAAUGUUGAGACCAAAGUAGUGUAGGAGAAUUAAGGACUUAAUUUAAUUGUGAAAUUAUUAGAGAUAUUUGUUGUAGAGGUUUAUAUAUUAAAGAGAGGUAUCAGUGCAUAUAAAAAACAGUAAUAUUAUUGUUAUGCUUGUAUUCUUGCAUUACAGGGUAAGUAAACCCUGAAGAAAUCUUAUUUUAGUGUAGCUACAGCUGAAUAGUUUUUAAGGGUAUGUCAGCAUUUCAUUAUAAAUUAUAGCUUCCUGGUUCAAUAUCAGCUGUUUCAGAACUUUCAGCCAAGUUAAAUCUCUUUUGGUGUUGCAACUUAGUAAAUUGAGUAAGCUGUUUUUUUUUUUCGUUCCACAGUAAUCCACAAUCUGUUCUUUGUGUGGGUUGGCACGUAUUUAUAAUUCUUAAAAUGAGGAUAGUUUAAAGGAGCCAAAUACAGUAGUUUUACUUGCUACUAUUAAGCCUGAGCAGCAGUAGUUUGUUUUCAUUAAUACGGUUUUCAGUGUAUCCCAGAAUUUUAAAUCUUGACCAUAGAAAAAGUCAUUCAGUGACAAAGAUGUACAGUAGUGGUCUAGUAUAGGGAGGAAAUGAAAGGAAUUUUUAUCUUAUAAAUAUAUGGUUCAUGAACACAAGUUGGCACAUUUAAGUGCAUAAUAGAUGUUUGAUUUGUAAAUUAUAAAUUAUCUUCUCCAGUUUCCAUUUAUUUUCAUGGUAUUUCAAAAUGGAGUGACUCUUUGGUUCUCAACCUUAGUUAAAUAUUAGAACAUUCUGCUGAGUUUUAAAACAAUAUUGAUACCUGGGUCCCAUCCCUCACCAACUAAAUCAUAGUCUCCAGGGUGAGGGUAGGCACUUAAAAUUUUUAAAAGUUUUCUAAGUGGUUCUAAUGGACACCUGAAGUUGAAGGUCACUAGUUUUCCCCCUUUAAAAAUGCUCUAAUCACACUGGACUUGGUUUGGAAGUAUCAGAAUAAUUCAGUUUGCAACUACUUAAUGAUUGCUUAUAUUUCUUAGUAAUUUCUUUAGGAAUAAAAGGUACUUGGCAUUCCUUAUCUGGGAAGUAAUUGCAAUCUACCUUUAUUAUUGUUUUUUAAGAUACAGUCUGUCAGGAGUUUAAAUGUUAAAUGUCUGUCAUCUUUCCGCUCUCUUCACCUUUAAAACUUACAAAAGUAGAUGUUUAUUAUUUGAGAAAGCAUGUUUAAAAGUGCAGAUGAGAAGUACUGUCAUUGAGAAUUGUGUGCUGUCUUAAAUGGCCACGUUAUCCAUUCGUAUAAUAUCAGAUUAUAGUGCCUAGUUCUUGGGGUUUGAUGAUUCAGAGAUGUGUUUUUUUUUUUUAAUCAUUGUCCUCCUCUAAAUUUUUAAGUCAUUUUGUUCAAGUACUUAAGUAAUUUGGCUCAAGUACUUUGUUUACAAUUAAAAUGGAUAUUAUAGCAUUUAAUAGAAGAAAUGGUUAUGACCUAACUGAAAAGAAUGUCAGCAUGACUUGGUGUGGAUUUAAGAGAAUACAUGUGAAUAUUUUAUAAUGUGGAAAGAUCAUUGAAAUAUCAAGGAUACUAGUAAUUGUAUUUCCUGAAUAAAUGAAUGUUUAUGAAUUUUCUAA